GGGAUUCCGGAAACGAGCCUCGUUUUGGUUUCAGUCGCACACAAAAUAUUCAUUGAAAAAAUUCUCGUUUUUGUCGAAAUUUUAUGUUUAUUCAAAUAUAAAAUUUAAUUUGAAACUUGUGGCCAGAACGAUUAGAUUUUACUUUUAAUGCGAAUCAGGCAAGAAAAAUAUCACUGACCAUGUUUUAUUUGACUUCUAAGAAAAAAUAUCACAAAAUACCAAAGAGCUGGUAUUUAAUUGUUCAUUUGACUAUUAACAAAUACUUUUCUAAAAUUGAUAACAGAAAUUCAACCAAUAAAAAGGAUUGUAUGAGAACAGAAAAAGUUUAACUACAGACGAAUGGUUUUAUCGAACUAGAUAUGUUGAAGCAUUCCUUGAUUUUACUGAAAACACCGAAACGACCAAUUUCAAACGUUUUAUUACGAAAUCUAGAAGUAAAUAUAAGAAAAAACGUUUCUGCAAAUGAUCCUUACUUGCAUUGGAAAAAUAAAACAAGAUUCUUUAGUACGAGUAGCGCAAAUGGUGAAGAUGACAGUGAAGCAGGUAAAGUUGUCCGUAAAGUUCUCGAAGAACAAAGAACAAACGAGAAUAUUGCAAAAAACUCUGGGAACAUUAUAGACAAAACAAAGACUUUACUUCAAGGAGAUCAAACAAAAAGUGAAAAUCCAGAUCUUAUCCAAAAUAGCAGAACAUUACUAAAAGUGGUUCCAAGAAAACGAGAAAAGACAGAUUUUUCUAAACCUCACACUGAUAAUAUCUUUAUAACACCAAGUAGAGCCUUGAAUGAAUAUUCACUCGAUUUCCGAGAAUUAACCUCUCUUACAAAGUAUACAAGAAGAAGCCCUUAUCCGGAAAGAGAUGAUAUUACUGUCUAUCUUAGAGGAGAGGUAGAAAAGAAAGCUAUUGAGAAAUUUGGUUCCUUUGAAGCUUUGCAGCAGCAUAGAAAUCGAAGAAAAGUUAUGGAGAAUAUUGAACGAAAUACUUUUCUAUCUGAGGCUGAUAUUCGUCAGGCUAUUGAAGAUUAUAAUAAGCAACAUGAAGAUAGAACAAUUGACUCUGACAAUUCAAAGAUCAGCGAGGAAAAGCCAUAUAUUUUCAAGCCGCAAAUAAAAGAUCCUAAUUUGCGUGCCAGCAUUUUCAAAAUAGGUCCAGGUAAAGUCAUUCUAUAUGCUGUAGCCAUAAACGGAGCCAACUGUCUCAUGAAAUUGAUAGCGUGGUUGUAUACAGGAUCUCACAGUAUGUUUUCAGAAUUUAUUCAUUCAUUGGCCGAUUGUCUUAAUCAGAUAAUCUUGGCCGUGGGACUUCAUCAGUCACUCAAACAACCAGAUACACAUCACCCAUACGGCUGGAGUAAUUUCCGAAAUGUUUCAUCACUAAUAAGUGGAGUGGGUAUAUUUUGUUUAGGAGCUGGCUUAUCAUGGUAUCACGGAAUCUUAGGUUUGCUUAAUACCCAGCCGAUAGAUUCUUUGUUCUGGGCAAUCGCUAUUUUAGGAGGUUCGUUUGUUUCUGAAGGUGCAACACUUUUAAUUGCUAUAAAUCAAAUUAGGCAAAGUGCCAAAGCUCAAGGAAUUGAUUUUUCAACUUACGUUUGGCAAGGGUAUGAUCCAAGCACUAAUGUGGUUUUGCUGGAAGACGCUGCCGCUGUUCUUGGAGUAUCAUUGGCAGCUUCUUGCAUGGCUAUUACCCACAUGACAGGCAGUCAUAUAGCAGAUGCUGCUGGUUCGCUUUUAAUAGGAACUUUACUGUCAGGUGUUGCGUCUUUUAUAAUUUACACUAAUUCGGUAGCUCUGGUAGGCCGUUCUAUACCAACUGAGAAGAAAUUACAAAUUACCGAAGAAUUAGAAAAAGAUCGCAUGAUACGCUGCUUACAUGAUGUGAAGGCAACAAGUAUGGGAAGCAGCUUUGUGAGAUUUAAGGCGGAAGUUGACUUUGAUGGGCGAGAAUUAACAAGAAAAUAUUUGGAAAGUAUCGACGUUGAAAAACUAACCGAAGAAGUAAACGAAUUAAAAAGCGUUGAAGAUGUUGAACAGUUCUUACUCAAGCAUGGAGAGAAUAUUAUAGAUACAAUGGGAAGCGAAGUUGACAGAAUAGAAAAGAAAUUAAAGAAAAAACACCCCGAAGUCAGACAUGUCGAUUUAGAAACUUUAUAAGAAAAUGACUUAAACAACCUGUUUAAUUAUAUAUAGAAAUUUUAAAGUAUAAAAGAGUAUAAUAAAAGUAUUAAAACACAGUUAAAGAGUUAAA